AUGCCUGGGCAAGAGUCGUUCCAGUCUGUCAUUGACGACAGUCAGGACUCUGCGACAAAGACGCAUAAAUUUGCACGGAAAUUUGAUAAUCAGGACAUCCCGUUCUGCCACGACGAGACCAAGACUAUUGCCGAGCGCAAGACCAGAAUUCAAGGCACUAUCAGCUCUUUGACUACUGAGAACUCUCGCAUCACCAUGCGGCUGGCUGGCGUCGCCUCCGACUUGACCACUUUUAUUGACAGCUUUGUUGCUUGGGCUAAGAGCAAGGAAGGCGAGCUGACCGCCGAAGUUGAAAAGAUCAAGAGAGAUUUGAUCGACCUGAAUGGCAAAGUAGCUCAGUUGGAGCUUGCUGCCCGCGCUUUCAAUCAUGUUGGCAUGGGGCUGUUGCCCAUCAUCGAAGUGCUUGCUGCUGCUUUUCCUCCGUACGGGACGGCUAUCGCGAAAGAGAGAAAACAGAGUGGAUUGGAGGCAGAUCUCGAAACGAUGGGGGAGGCCAGGGAGCAUCUCGAAGGGAUGCGUGGGGCCGAUCUCAACACUUUCGGUGGGACCAUCUCCUCCAUGACCAUUACUCCCGAGGCCGCCAUCCAGGACGCUACUCAGAUUCUCCAAUAG